AUGUUGUCGCCGAGCGCGUCCGACGACGCUGAGGCCCAAGCGGUCGCCGAUGUAAAUAUUGACGCACUGAUCGUGGAAGUACAAAGCCGACCCGUACUUUGGGAUAAAAGUAAUAAAGGAUAUGCAGAUAGAGGUUUAAAAUCAAAGAUGUGGGACCAGGUCUAUGAGAAGAUUAUAGAAAACUGGAGUGAGUUGUCAAUUAGAGAAAAACAAAAAAUUGGAACACAAAUCCAAAAAAAAUGGCGUAACCUGAAAGAUUCUUUUGCAAAAGAACUUGCAGUUCAGAAGAAGGGCAAAUCUGGACAAGGAUAUAAAAAAAGAAGGCCGUAUGUUCACUUUCAAGCCCUUUCGUUUUUAGUUUCUCAACCAUUGGAGAGAGAAACUACCUCAAAUAUAUCAGUGGAGGAUUCUGAAGAAGACAGUAAUAAUAGUGUCGAACGCGAAAAUUGGAAGCAAGCCCGCAAAAAAACUCAAGCACGUGAAACAGACAGAAAUGAAGAACUUUUAGACAUCAUACGACAAAAAAAAAACCUAUGA